AUGUCCAACGACAUGGAUGGCUUCUUGCGUCCGCGCUAUUUGCUGAGAUUCAGCAGCCGAGCAAAAGAGGAUCUCAAGCAACAUGUGCGAGCUCAGUUGGCGGCAGCCGGCUUCCAGGUCGAUUUGGAUGGCCUGAAGACAGAGGUCAUCGACGUGCCGUCAUUUCUGGUUGUCAGUGCUCCACGGGAGCUCUUGGAGCGUGAAGCCGUGCACCAGGGCUACGUCAAGGCGCAUCUCGCUUUGCAGCCGCACGUGCCUGGGCAAGGAGCCGGCAAAAUCGAGUUCGAGAUGUCUUCGAGCGAGUGGCUCCAGGGCUACGAAGGUUAUGCGUCGCCAGAUUUCUGGCUGCCGUGUGAGCGAGCGCAGUUGCUGCACGGCUGCCUGGAGCAGGUCCCUGCAGAUGUCGACGAGCUCAAGGCCCUGCAGGUGCGCCAUCCGACCGCCCUUUCUGUGACACCCAAUCUGCUGCCAGCCAUGACCAUCGCCGGGCUGAUGGAAAGCGUCGUCCCCAUGGACGACGACCUCUGCUCGGAGAGGAGGGCACUCUGGAAGGUGUCUCUGCGCAACAUUCUGACGCCGGUGGCCUCGGUCCACAGAUAUUUCGGCUCGGAAGUGGCGCUGUACUUUGCCUGGAUGAACCAUUUCACUCUUUGGUUGCUCGCGCCCGCCGGCGUUGGCGUGGCUGCGUAUUGCCGAAUGAACUUCUUCGGCUACACUGUGGACGAUGAUCCAUACCUGCCCUUUCACUCCCUCUUCGUGGUCUUCUGGAGCGCAUGCUUCCUCCGCAGUUGGGACCAGCGCUGCUCCGAGCUUUCCUGGCACUGGAAUGUCCACGGCAUCGAGCUCCUGACGGGCCUCAGGCCUGAGGAGUAUCGUCCUGGGUAUCAUGGAGAGCUUCGCCAAAGCCGGGCGACGGGUCAGCCGGAGAGGUACUAUCCCUAUUCAAACCGGAUCUUGGCCUACAUCGUGUCCGUUGUGGUGACCUCCAUGAUGUUGGUGGUGGCCUUCUGCGUGAUGAUCUGCUCCCUGAACCUACAGGGCUACAUGGAUGCACCAGCGACUUCCUUCGAGAAGCUUUUCUACAUUCCUCGCCUGGCGCGCCUUGCACAUCCGGGCGCGAUCUUCGAUCCGAAUCAGACAGAGUACUUGGGAAUCAUGUCGAUGGGGCCUGUGGUGCUGCACGUCACUGCCAUCAUGCACAUGAACAAGUUCUACCGCUCUGUAGCCCAGUGGCUCACGGAGCUGGAAAACCACGAGCUUGUCACGGCGCAUCAGAGCUCACUGAUUGCAAAGAGGUUUGUCUUCGAGGCGUUCGACUGCUACAUCGCAUUGUUCUACGUGGGAUUCGUGCAGCAGGACAUCCGCAAGCUGCGCAACGAGCUGAUCUGCCUCUAUGGCGUAGACAGCAUCCGAAGAGUCUUCGUGGAGAGUGUCCUCCCACUUGUGUUAGAUCGCAUCAGCAGAUACCGGCUCAGCCGCAGAGCUGCAGAUCUGAAGAGGCAGGAGCAAGCCCAUUUUCUCGAGGCGCUUGAGGCCCUGGACCAGCCGGAGUACGAACAGUUCGACGACUUCCUGGAAAUGGUCAUUGAGUUUGGCUAUGUGACUCUCUUCGCAUCGGCUUUCCCCCUGGCCGGUGUCAUGUCCAUCGUCAGCAACCUCAUCGAGAUGAAGUCAGACAUGUUCAAGCUGGCCCUGGUCUACCAAAGGCCAAUGCCGCACCGAGCGUCCAACAUUGGCAUCUGGAGAACGCUUCUCCACAUCAUCGUGGCGUUCUCCGUAGCGACAAACGUCAUGAUUUUCACCAUGAGCGAACAGUUCGCAUCUUGGGCACCUGGACUUUACCGCGAAGCGAGCAUUCACGACGUGCAUGGUGGACUCUUGGCCCAAGCCACCGACGCGACGACCGGAACUGCUGACCUGGUCAUGCGUCAAGGCUCAGGACGCUAUGUGAUCUUUUCCGCCACAGUCUUGGAGCAUCUGGUUGGUUUGGCCGUCCUCAUCGUGAUGGCUGCCAUCCCACGUGAACCGGAGUGGGUCUACUCUGAGAUUCUGCGGACGAAGCGCUUCAAGGCUUUCCGCGCGAAGGAAGCUGCCUUUGGAUGGUUGAACGACCAGAAGCCAGCUGGAGAUCGUGGAUGA